AUGUUGGGAUGGGUGCAGAACGACCCGGUCGCAGAUGACUCCAAGAUUUUAGAGCCACCGGAGACUCCCGCCCCUGUUUUCGCCCUUCGCGCGUUCCAGAGUGCCUUGUUUGGAACGCCCAAGGCUGAUGACGAGGACAAUACCACGGUCCAGCUGAAGCCAAAACAGAAACUUGAGAAUCACGAGCAGAAUCCGUCGACCUCAAGAGAAGCGCCCGCGGAGCCAAAGGGUGAUGUUGCCCAGGCUACAAAAGCGGAUAUCGAUCUCGCGGUGAAUGCGAUGGCGUCUCCGACUAAAAGCAUCCUCAUGACGCCAGGGACCGUGUCAAACCGCCGGAAGACAGUUUCUUUUGGGGAAAGCGUUAUCGACAACGAGCGCAAGCGAGACGAUCCGUCGAGCAAGAUUGUCAGGACUCCCGCAAACCCGUCAACCAGUGCUAGCAGCCAGUGGAUAUCCAGUUCUUCAGAUAAGCCGCGAAGCAAGCUUACACAAACGUUAAUGGACUCACGUGAAAAGCCUAGCAGGAGUUCUGAACAAUUUUUACAGAAAUCUAGCGAGGCGCGUACAUCAGAGACCCCAUCUCGAUCCCAACCCUUGACGGAAAAUGAUGAUAACGAGGACACUAUUAAUAUGAACGAGCCGAGAUCCCAAUCUGGCAAAUACUGGAAAGAAGAAUUUGAUAACUAUAGGAUGAGGACGACGCUGGAGAUCAAAAGACUGAUCCAGUACCGCUCCGCGGCUAAAACAUAUGCCAGGAAAAAAGACGAAGAGGCCUCACGUUUAACUGCGAAAUUGAAGGAGGAGGAACUGAAAGUUGCUGAAAUGGAACGUCAUGUCACCCAACUUGCCUCUACUAUGGUUGCGGAAAGCACUCGCGCAGACAAGGAGCAAUUGGUCCAGGAUCUCACCAGGCAAACAGCAUUGGCCUUACAGUACAAACAUAAGGUUGGCCUACUACGCAAGAUCCUAGAGCAGCAUGGCGUUGUUGGCAGCGAUGUAGAAGAUAUUGCUGGACCGUCCGACGUUAGUACCUCUUCAAAGGAAGCCUCUCAGGCAUUGCGCAAAACCCAGCAGGCUCUGGCCCAAGCGAAUGCUCGGAUCGAAGAGAUGAAACAACAGCAGUCAGAAUUCGAUAAACUGAAAGACCUUGCUCUCAGCUCGGAACAGAAAGCUUCCGAACUCAAGAAGGAAAAUACGAUGCUCAAGCACACGUUAGCACGCGUCAAGCAGGAGAUGUCCAAGUACGAGGGUCGGCGCAAAGAAAAGGAAGCGAAGUUGAGGCAGAGGGAGGCUAAACUCGAAGCCCGGAUUCAGGAGUGCCGAGAUCGCUUAAAAUCUACUUCCCAGCAGUAUCGCGAACAGGAGGAAGAACUCAAGGAAUCCUUCAACGAAGAGCGUCGUCAAAUGCAGGAGCAAAUUGACCUUCUGAGGCUGACGGUCAAAGCGAUUGAGAGUGCACCCGAGACGCGGGCGCGAAUGCGCCAGUCAGACCGCCAUAAUGGUUACACCGGGGUCCAGGUUCCCGAUCCGCGACAGAUCAGCCCCCAAAGAAGAGCCUACGAUGAGACCGAGGAGACUGAGGAGCCCCCCAGCCCGAGCCCUCGUGCGAAGGAUCGUCGUGCCAAUGGCACGAGAAAUGACCUAGUCGACCUGGAUUUGUUAAAGGCGAUGAAAGAAGUGGGGAUCGACACCAGUGACGAGAAGUUCAGUAACAUGCUCAAUAUUUCUCCUGUCAAAACCCUAGCUGCUCAGUAUCGAGACGAGACGGACGUUCUUCCUCCUUCCUCGCCUCCUCCGAUUCCAACCGUCGAGACAGGUACCUGGUCGGGUACGAAUCUCCGACGAAGUACUGACCACCGUCUCGCGUAUUUAACCAGCAAUGGAAUCGUGGGGUCACUCCCUAGUCGCCGUCUCCGCCUAGAUGAUAGCCAUCAGAUCCGCCCAGACCGUUUACGAACCCGCCGCUCGCCUACGAAGUACAGUCUCGAUGCCCUAUCUGCUCUUCCUGACGGGUACCUUCUUGAUCGUGCAAAAAGACGGCAACCUGCCGCCACCUCACAACGGGAUUCCUUGCCAUUAGAGCGACAACUCGCCGCUCAGGCAAGACUCCAUCGAAAGGAUGAGACACGAAAAGGUCGAGAAGGCAAGGAGAACAUUCGAACAUCGUUGAAGCACUGA